UCAGGACCUGAUCAACGAGAGUUUCCUGUACGUAUAAUACCACGUGGUAAUGCACGAUUUACAGCAGAAUACCGUAUCGAACAGGUUGGUGAACAUCAUCUAACAGUAUGGAUAGCUGGUCGUAAAGUGGAUGGAAGCCCGUUGUCGGUAGCCGGCUACUCAGCAGAUCGUGUGAGGCUCGAGCCGCUUGGGGGCGGUGCAGUCGGGCAUCCUGUACAGUUUGUCGUAAUGAGUGGGCCGACUGACGACGACCAUCAUCAUCGUGCUGAGCAUGAGGUUGAGGAGCGACGAAGAAAAUUCAACUACUAUUCACAAUUAUAUGUUAUACCUGCAGUUGAUGCCGUUGAUGCCGGUAAAGGACAACUUGAAAUUUCUGUCAAUCAAGGACGCGUGCCUAACAAUGUACAGAUGCAAGGCGCCGGAAGAUGCCUUGUUACGUUCAUUCCUCAACAUCCUGGUACAUAUGUGAUAGAUGUAACGUUCAAUGGUGAACAAGUACAUGGUUGCCCGAUCAAAGUUGAGAUACUGCCGAAGCAGGUUGGUGAAGUUGUGCACGCAAAUCUCACACCGACUGCUGUAUCGACAGCCAUUUCAGCUGGUAUGCUUUUUUCCAGAGCUAUUAUAGUAAUGGAUGAAGUUGUAAUGUAUCGAUUUCUGUAA